GCCAAUUGACCCAUUAUAGACAGCAAAGAUCCACUAGCGAAAAUGAUCCUAGUGAGAAGAGGAAGAGAGAGAGAGAGAGUGUGAGUGUGAGUGUGAGUGUGCGUUUUAAAACGACACCGAAUCUGGAACCACGGGGAACGCCAUUUCCAGUCGAGCCAGCAGCCGUCGGAGAUCGGCGAUGGCGACCGCCGGGAAACCCCUCGCGGCCUCCUCCACUUCUGCCGAACCGUUCAAUUUCUCCGCCGAUUCUCUGCUGCCGCCGCCGCCCCUCUCCCCCGACCAGCUCCGCCGCUGCACCGACGCUGUCAAAACUUUCAAGGACAAGCUACUCAUGCCGGGAGGGAUCGCCAAGGAGUUCUCCAUCUUACAGAACAAUAGGAUGAGCUCAUCAGAUAUGAGGAGUAGAUGCUCUGUGGCUCUUGACAGUGUCAAUUCUGACAAAAACCGCUAUACAGAUGUCAUACCCUUUGACAAAAACAGGGUUGUUCUUAACCCGUGCAAGGACUACAGACCAUCAGCAAGGGGUUAUAUCAAUGCAAGUUUCAUUGAGACUUCUUCAGCUGAGAGCAUUUCUCGGUUCAUAGCCACACAAGGUCCAAUGCCUUGUACGUUUGAAGACUUCUGGGAGAUGAUAAUACAGAAUCGUUGCCCUGUUAUUUUGAUGCUCACUCGAUUGGUGGACAACUAUAGGAUGGUGAAAUGUGGAGAUUAUUUCCAGGCAGAGGAUGGCCCAAGAGAAUUUGGUAACAUCUGUAUUGUCACCAAGUGGAUAAGGACAACAGAUACUGCAUUAGUGUUGCGCCACUUGGAGGUGAACUAUAAAGAGUCAGAAGAGCCGCCACUGUCGGUUUUGCAUAUUCAAUAUCCUGAAUGGCCAGAUCAUGGAGUUCCCAAGAAUACCCUUGCUGUCCGUGAUAUAUUAAAAAGAACUUACAGUGUACCACCCACUCUUGGACCAAUAGUUGUCCAUUGCAGUGCAGGUAUAGGGAGAACUGGAACUUAUUGUGCCAUCCACAAUACAAUCCAGAGAGUCCUUGUUGGGGAUAUGUCUGCUUUGGAUCUCAUUAAUACCAUAACAAUGUUUAGGUCGCAGCGAAUCGGAAUGGUUCAAACAUUGGAUCAAUACAUUUUCUGCUAUAAGGCUAUUGUUGAUGAACUUGAAGACUUCAUUUCUCAGUUCAACAAACAAAAUGGCUCAUAGUCUUCACUUUGAGCUUAUGGAGGCUUUACAGCUAUAAUGGUGAAUCUUCCGCAAUGCAAGGUGUGAUACAGUCCAGCCACUUGUUUCUUAAGAACCAAGAGCAAUCUCUUUACUUCACAAGGUUGUGCUUGCAAGGGAAAAACUGAGAUGUGCCAUUGUUUCGCAGAUCUCUCUCUCUCUCUCUCUCUCUCUCUCUCUCUCUCUCUCUCUCUGCGUAGGAGAGAAGAAUAGAUAUUGCUUUGCCACCUAGUUAUAUUAUUCCUCAUACCGUAUAAAAUGCUGAAAAUUCCUAUUGUAGUUGUCGACGGCAAUUCUUGAUCAUUGAGGACGUUUGAGAGGAGUUUUUAACUGCCUAAUGCUUGACCAUUUCUUCA